UAACUUGAAUUCCCUUCAUUCACUGUCAUCCAAUAGAAUCACAGUUUGUUUGAAGCUUUAGCGUUACCAUUGGCAACAUCAACUGCGUACUAGCGCAUAUCACACAGUUAUCACUUAACAUUGGAAAAAAAAAAAAAAAAAAAGCGUUCAAACUGCUCAAACACACGUAGUGACUUGUUUAGGGUGUUUGAUUUAGACCAUUCUGUUAAAGAUGAUUUCCGCUCAUUGAAGAAGACAGCUGGCUGGGAAACUAAUCGUGUUAGCCAAUUAGCUUGCUAGCUAACGCUAGCACGUAGAGCUAAUCUUCUUUCCUAAAAUAAUCCUUGUCUCAACCGGCAUCAUUGUCCUCUUAUAAUUCGUCUGUGUUUUUUUUCUCUGACAAGUUAUAAACUGACCAGAGUGGACUGAGGCUAAUGUUUCCUGUAGCUGUGUGACCUGAUAGCUUACCUGGAAGAUUUGCAUCACACUUUUCAAAGUAAAGAGAGAAGAUGGAGGUCCACCUCAGUAGAGUUGAUUAUAUUCAGGUUGGUGUCACAUCCCAGAAAACUAUGAGGCUACUUCCAGCAUUGGGGAAAAAGGCAACCCAAAAGGUUGCUAUUGCAGAUCACGAUGGAAUACUGACAUGUUUUGGAAUGAAAAAGGGAGAAGCGGUGCCUGUGUUUAAAACACUUCCAGGACAGAAGAUUGUCAGAAUGGGCCUUGGAGGUGCUGUGGGAACUCCCCAGGAGAAGAUCUUUGUCUGUUCUGGUUCUCAGGUCCGAGGAUUCACCAAGAAAGGCAAACAGUUCCUCACCUUUGACGCCAACCUCACUGAGAGCAUUAAUGCCAUGCAUGUUUCAGGGGCUGACCUGUAUGUGUGUGCAAGUUACAUCUACAACCACUAUUGUGACUGUAAGGAUCAAGACUACUUCCUCUCUGGAGACAAAAUCAAUGAUAUAACAUGUGUUUCCUCAGAAAAGCUCUUUCGCCUCAUCCCAGUCUUGGCUUGUCAAGAUCGAGUUCUUAGAGUCUUGCAGGGAUCUGAACUUGCAUAUGACAUUGAAGUUCCUGGUCCUCCAUCUGUUUUGGAACUGUACAGUAAAGAUGGAGGAGAGGAAAUCCUCUAUGGAACCACAGAUGGGAAAAUAGGGUUGGUCCAGAUUGGUGAUCGCUCAGCUGCAACAAAGUGGGAGAUUGAUAAUGACAAAAAGAAAGGAGGAAUUCUUUGCAUCGACACAUUUGACAUUAUUGGAGAUGGAGUAAAUGACAUCCUUGUGGGCAGGGAUGACGGCACAGUUGAGGUCUAUGGUUUUGACAGCUCUAGUGAGCCCACCUUACGCUUUGAACAUGUGUUGUCCGAGAGUGUGACGUCGAUCCAGGGUGGCUGUGUGGGCAAAGAGUCUUAUGAUGAGGUCUUGACUGCCACUUACACAGGAUGGGUAACUGGUUUGACCACCGAGCCCCAGAAGGCUGAGGGUGGUCCAGGAGACGAGGUCAGGAUGAGCAAGGAGACACAAUCUAAAGUUGAAGCACUCAGGGCAGAAUUGGAGCAGCUUCAGGUUAAAGUCCUCCAGGGACGUGAACAGUACCAGCAGACCACUCAGUCAAGCACUGCUGUCUCAGCUGUGCCCGUCUUCAGCAUCAACGACAAGUUCACUCUUUGCCAGGACGAUGCCAGCUACAGUCUCACGUUGGAGGUGCAGACUGCCAUUGACAACCUGUUGCUUCAGAGUGACGUGCCCAUAGACCUGCUGGAUGUGGAUAAGAACUCAGCUGUUGUGAGUUUCAGUGAAUGCGACUCAGAGCAGCCUAAUGGGAACUUCCUCUUGGCCACCUACAGAUGUCAAGCCAACACUACCAGACUUGAGCUUAAGGUGAGAUCCAUUGAGGGACAGUAUGGAACCCUACAGGCUUACAUUACACCAAGACUGCAGCCCAAGACCUGCCAAGUCCGGCAAUACCAGAUCAAACCCCUGUCCCUGCACCAGCGGACUCACAGCAUAGACCCAGACAGACCCAUGAACCGGCUCAGCCUGGUGGGACAGUUCAGUUUUGCAGAGAUCCAUUCUUGGGUGGUUUUCUGUUUGCCAGAGGUGCCUGAGAAAACACCAGCAGGAGAGAGCAUUACUUUCUAUUUCCAUAACACGUUCCUUGGCACACAGCUUGAAGCCACAUACUGCAAAGGGGAGGGCCACUUCAAGUCCGACAACAUCUCUACCAUCUCCAUUCUGAGCGAUGUUCUCUCUAAAGAAGCUACCAAAAAGAAAAUCAAUCUAAACGUUUCAUAUGAUAUUAAUGAUGACUCUGUGAGCCACACCCUCAGGAUGAUCCAUCCAAAGCUGGAGUAUCAGUUGUUGCUGGCUAAGAAGGUUCAGCUUGUCGAUGCUCUGAAAGAGCUUCAGGUUCAUGAAGGGAACGCCGAUUUUCUCGUCCCAGAGUAUCGCAGCAUCUUGGAUGAUUCUUCUAAUCUUCUUGAGGAAUACAAGAAGCAGCCAGCACACCUGGAAAGACUUUAUGGAAUGAUCACUGACCUCUUCAUUGACAAAUUCAAGUUCAAGGGCCAGAAUGUGAAAACAAAGGUGUCCUCAUUGUUGGAGAUCCUUGAUAAUUAUGAGUUAAAUUCACUGCUGGAUUUUUUCAAUGAGGCAUGAAAUCAGAUAGACAAAAUUAUUUUAUUUAUCUCUGUGCUGUUUUUGCAUUGUAAAUAUAGCAUUCUUGUGAUAGUAACAGUUUGUGUUAGUGUUGUUAUAUUUUCAUUUAGAAACUGUUCUUACAGUGCUGGAUGUUUAAGUUAUAAUAUUUUUUUAUAGUGUUGUACAAGUGUACAGUACAAGGAUUAUUCUCCAGGUUCCUUUUUAUGUUGAAUGCUUUAUUUUCUGUUUGAAAGUUCACUAACAAAAUAUAAAUCUUUGAAAUUUACGUUUUUAUAUCAUUUCCAAAGGACUUUGAAUACCCCAUAUUGAUAAAAAAAUAAUCUGAUAAUCUUAUGCUAUGAUAGAUUAUUGUACUGGAAAAAGAAAAAAAGUUUUGGUAUAGUGAUACCAUAUUUGACAAAGGCUUAGUCAUUUUUCUACAUGACAUGUUUGAGUAUAAUUAAUUAAACCGUUAUCACUGUAAUAAUUCA